AUGGGAGGGAAGCAGGUUAAAUGUCUUACAUCACCCAGUCCUAUCCAUAGUGCUAAGAGUGAAUUCACUGUAGCCCCAUUGGAGGAGAAGGAAAGACUUGUGAUCAUCCACACUGAAGAAAAACAAACUAAAACAGAAGAGACAGAAUCUCAUUUCCAGCCUGAGUGGCAAGCGGGGAACUCUGGGUCGUAUUUGGAGAAUUCAUGGGAGGAACAGCUUUUGGAACAACAGGACCAUUUGGAAAAAGAAAUGGAGGAGGCAAAGAAGAUGAUUUCAGGUUUGCAGGCUUUGUUGCUCAAUGGGUCUUUACCUGAGGAUGAGCAGGAAGGGUCGUUUGAACUUUGUGAACGUGGAGCUUGCCCUGAAGAGCAGCUGAUCAUAAUCCGAAGUCGCCUGGACCAGAGCGUGGAAGAAAAUCAAGACCUAAAGAAGGAGCUGUUGAAAUACAAACAAGAAGCUCGAAAUCUUCAGGGAAUAAAGGAUGCUUUACAGCAAAGGCUGAUUCAACAGGAUGCUUCAGUUCUUCAGCUAAAGCAGGAACUGCUGAGAGCAAACAUGGACAAGGAGGAAUUGCACAACCAGAACGUUGAUCUUCAGAGGAAGGUUGAAGAGCGAAACCAGCUACUGGCAGAAUACAAAAAAGAAUUGGGCCAGAAGGAUCGGCAUUUACAGCAGCAUCAGACCAAACUGGAUGAAAUGGUUAGGCAGCUUUCUGAGGCCAGCUACCAACAGGUGGAUUUGGAGCGUGAGCUGGAGCACAAAGAGGCCCUGCUAGCUCACUGCAUGAAGAGAGAAGCUGAAGAGGUGAUGGCUUACAGCAGUCGUAGUGCUCAGAGCAAUGGCUUCCUCCAGACAGCAGGAAAAGGAGCUGCUCCCACAGCCCACCGAGGGACAAAUGACUUGCAGCUGGUUCGUGAUGCCCUUCGCAGCCUCAGGAACAGUUUCAGUGGCCACGAUCCACAGCACCACACCAUUGACAGCCUGGAGCAGGGCAUCUCCAGCCUGAUGGAACGGCUGUACCGCAUGGAAACACAGAAGAGGCAAGAGAGAAGGAUCCGGGGAAAAUCACCGGCAAGCAGAGCAACAAAUGAGUGUAGAGACUCCUGGCCUCCCAAAUCCAAACUGCCUCAUUCUCACAGCACACCUGUGAUGAGCACCAGUGCCUGCACCAAAGUGUUGUACUUCACUGACCGUUCCCUCACACCUUUCAUGGUCAACAUACCAAAGAGGUUAGGGGAAGUGACUCUGAAGGAUUUUAAGGUAGCUAUUGAUCGUGAAGGAACCCACAGGUAUCACUUCAAAGCCCUGGAUCCAGAGUUCGGAACAGUCAAAGAGGAGGUAUUCCACGAUGAUGACAUCAUUCCUGGUUGGGAGGGGAAAAUUGUGGCCUGGGUGGAAGAAGACCAUGGGGAGAAUUAA